CGCCGCCAGGAAUCGCUUCUUCCCUCCUCGCACGACCAAACCCAUCGUCGGUACCUCCUCCACUUGUUCAACUCCUUUCCCCUCGACCAAAAGAUAUCCCUCAGCUCUUCGAAAUCACAAACCACCUACGGAAACAACAACCGGCAGAUACGGGAGCGACGUCGACGCCGCACCAGUUCCUCCGUUCAGCAUGGCCUCUGUUCGCCGGACCCCGUAGCUUCAGAUAGACCUCUCCCGUCCUAUAGCUCUUGGAAUCUCAUCAACGGCGAGCUUUCACGGUUACUUCAAGUAGGAGGUUCACAUCGAUCAGGAAGUUCGACCGUAAAUUAAGGAGGUACAAGGAAGCAGGAGCAUUCAGACCACUAGUCAAGAGAAAGCUGUUGCUCGGGAUGUCAUCGUCACAAGGGUUAGUGAUUACAAAAGAUUCCAAGGGAACUGUUUCACUUUUGUACUUUUAUUAGUAGGCUUGAGACUGAUGCUCAUUUAUGAUUUGUUAAG